AUGGCAGAUGGCGAGGGUCAAUACCCCCCCGAGCUUCAGUACAUCGUCGUCUUUGGACCCGAUUCGAACCGCACGCUCGAAUUGUGUCCCCUCGAAUGGAGUGUAUACAAGUACAGGCCCUCGCUGCCAGCCAACAUCUCGAUCCUCGUAUUGCUAGGAAUCGCAGCGCUCACUCACAUCUACCUUGGCUUCCGGUGGAAAUGCAUAUGGUUCGCUGUGUGCAUGGUCCUCGGCUCGGUGUACGGUAUGGUCGGCUACGUGGGUAGAAUCACGAUGCACGCCAAUCCUUUCCGGUUCGACGCAUUCUUGAUGCAGGUCGUUUGCGUGACGGGCGCCCCCGUGUUCUACACAGCGGCCAUCUAUGUCACAUUGUCACAGGUGAUUAAUUAUUUCGGCCGCGAAUUCUCACGCCUUCAACCUAAGUUGGUCUACUGGAUCUUCAUCCCCGCCGAUAUACUCUGUCUCGUUCUCCAAGCGGCCGGUGGCGCCCUUUCGACAAUCAGCUCAGGGUCCAGCCAGACGGGAAUCGACAUUGCCAUGGCUGGCCUAAUCCUCCAGGUUGUGGUGAUUUUCUGCUUCUGCGCGCUCUUUGCCGAUUACAUGAUCCGCUUCUUCCGCUCCAAGCACUCACGUGCUCUCGAAAGAAAAGAGAAGCUGUUCUUUGUAUUUCUGGGCGCGGCCAUUGUUCUCAUCGAGGGUCGAUGUAUCUUCCGUUGCUACGAGUUGAGCCAGGGAUAUACGGACUCGGACUUGAUUACCAACGAAGCGCUCUUCAUUGGUCUCGAGGGAGUGUGA